AUGUCGAGCGCAGAAAUUAACCAAGUGCUCGCCAACUCGCUGUCGCCCGAUGCGGCGCUGCGAAGUGCAGCCGAGCAACAGCUCACCCAAGCUGCCGAGAGCAACUUUUCACAUGCUCACCGCUCUCGACAGCCGCUCUACCUCGCGACCCUCGUCCAGGAACUCGCCAACGAACAGGCGCAGGGUUCCAUCCGAGCCGCCGCCGGUAUCGCCCUCAAGAACGCCUUCACAACCAGAGAUUUUGCCCGUCAUCAGGAGCUUCAGGCCAAGUGGCUCCAGCAAACAGACAAUGACACCAAGAACCGUGUCAAGGAGUUGACCCUCCAGACACUCGCCUCCCCCAACGCCCAAGCCGGCAACGCCGCCGCCCAGGUCAUCUCUUCCAUCGCCGCCAUCGAGCUGCCCCGAAACCAAUGGCCAGAGCUCAUGACUGCGCUCGUCAAGAACAUUAGCGAGGGCGCUGACCACCAAAAACAAUCCUCUCUCACCACCAUCGGUUACAUCUGUGAAAGCCAAGAUCAGGACCUCCGCCUCUCCCUCGGCCAACACUCCAAUGCCAUCCUCACUGCCGUCGUCCAGGGCGCCCGCAAGGAAGAGGCCAACCAAGAAGUCCGUCUCGCCGCCAUCACCGCCCUUAGCGACUCCCUCGAAUUCGUCCACAACAACUUCAAGCACGAAGGCGAACGAAACUACAUCAUGCAGGUCGUCUGCGAGGCCACCCAGGCCCCCGACUCUCGCAUCCAGCAGGGUGCCUUUGGCUGUCUUAACAGAAUCAUGGCUCUCUACUACGAGAAUAUGCGCUUCUACAUGGAGAAGGCCCUCUUCGGCCUCACCAUUCUUGGCAUGAAGUCUGACGAUGAAGAUGUUGCCAAGCUUGCUGUCGAGUUCUGGAGCACCGUCUGUGAGGAGGAGAUCUCCAUCGAGGAUGAUAACGCCCAGGUCGACAGCUCCGAACAGGCUCGUCCCUUCUACAACUUUGCUCGGGUUGCCGCUCCCGAGGUCAUCCCCGUCCUCCUCCAGCUCCUGACCAAGCAAGACGAGGACGCUACCGACGAUGAAUACAACCUGUCCAGGGCCGCCUAUCAGUGUCUACAGCUGUACUCCCAGGCCGUCGGCGCUACGAUCAUCACCCCUGUGCUACAGUUUGUCGAGGCCAACCUCCGUGCUGAAGACUGGCAUCACCGUGAUGCGGCUGUCUCCGCCUUUGGUGCCAUCAUGGAAGGCCCUGAUGAGAAGGUCCUUGACCCCAUUGUCAAGCAGGCGCUUCCCAUUCUCAUCACAAUGAUGGACGAUCAGUCCCUUCAAGUCCGUGACUCAACAGCUUACGCCCUGGGUCGUGUUACCGAAGCUUGUUCGGAGGCUAUUGACCCCCAGCAACACCUGCCCACUCUCAUCGAGUCUCUGUUCAAGGGUCUUCUAGGAAACGCGAAGAUGGCUCCCUCCUGUUGCUGGGCUCUCAUGAACCUAGCUGAGCGCUUCGCCGGCGACUUUGGUGUCUCUUCCAACCCCAUUACUCCUCACUUCAACAACGCCGUCAGCUCGCUCCUUGACAUGACUGCCCGCACCGAUGCUGAGACUGCUGUGCGCACCGCUGCCUACGAAGUCCUCAACGUCUUUGUCCAAAAUUCUGCCACAGACAGUAUGCAGGCUAUUGCUUCGCUCUCUGACGUCAUUAUCAAGCGUCUCGAGGAGACUGUUCCCCUGCAGCAGCAGGUCGUCAGUGUCGAGGACAAGAUUACUCUAGAGGAAAUGCAGAACAGCCUCUGCACCGUUCUUCAGGCUAUAGUGGCCCGUCUGGAGAAGGAAAUUGCUCCUCUAGGCGACCGGAUCAUGCAGGCUCUCCUUCAAAUCCUUAGCACAGUUGGUGCUAAGUCCAGUGUCCCCGAGGCCGUCUUUGCCGUCAUCAGCGCUCUCUCCACUGCCAUUGAAGAGGACUUUGUCAAGUACAUGGAGGCAUUCUCCCCCUUCCUCUACAACGCUCUCGGCAACCAAGAAGAGGCAAGUCUCUGCUCCAUGGCUAUCGGCCUGGUCAGCGACAUUACCCGAUCCUUGGGCGAACAGAGCCAGCCGUACUGCGAUAACUUCAUGAACUACCUUCUCAACAACCUGAGAAGCCAAACGCUUGGCAACCAGUUCAAGCCCGCUAUUCUCCAAUGCUUUGGCGACAUUGCCUCUGCCAUCACUGGCCACUUUGAGACUUAUUUGUCCGUAGUAGCCCAGGUCCUUGAGCAGGCCGCUACCGUAACGGCCACCCCUGACGGCCCCUACGAGAUGUUUGACUACGUCAUUUCCCUCCGUGAGGGCAUCACUGAUGCUUGGGGCGGCAUCAUUGGCGCUAUGAAAUCGAGCAACAAGACCCAAAUUCUCCAGCAAUACGUGCCCACUAUCUUCCAGCUUCUUGGUGUGAUUGCUAGUGACUCUACCAAGAGCGAAGGCCUGCUGCGCUCAUGCAUGGGCGUUAUUGGUGAUCUUGCCGACGCCUACCCCAACGGCGAGCUUGUGGACGCUUUCCGUCAGAGCUGGCUCACCACCAUGAUCAAGGAGACCAAGACGAACCGCGACUUCUCCCCGCGCACCAUCGAGACUGCUCGUUGGGCCCGUGAGCAAGUCAAGCGCCAGCUGGGUGGUAGCCAGAACGUCAUGUCGUCUUAA